UAACAGCUGUAGUGGGAUCUCCGCACAACAUCACAGCGCCUGCAAAGCCAGCCAGGCAGAUAGCCACUUGGUAGGAGAGAGACACGUACCGGACAGUGGAUACUCUAUGGGCUACUGUGCAUAGGCCAACGCGCUCUGCUUCAGCCUUCGUAUGAAACUAACUUUCUCCAGCAACGUAAAUGCACCAAUAAAGAAAGGUGUGUCCUGUGAGGACCAGUUAGAGGUAUGGUGGGCGUGGUUGGCCCCGUAACCAUGGCGACGUCUCUGUGGGAGGUUGUGUCCCUUCCUCCCGUUGGUCUACUGCUGCUCCUCUGCCUGCCACUCUGUCUAUGCCAGCAGCCAUUGGUCAACUUUGAGAGCCCGUUCCCACCCCUACUGGAGUGUACCAGGAAAGUUCAUCCCAUCGUCCCAUACAAAGCAUUGAGUCCCUGGAUGUCAGGAUUCUCUCGUCCCGGAGUGAAGGACUUUUCCCAGCUGACCCUUGACCUGACCAGAAACCAGCUGAUUGUGGGAGCUAGAAAUCACCUCUUCAGACUGAGUCUCAGUAAUGCUUCUCUCUUACAGGCAGUAGAAUGGGGACCAGAUGAAGACACCAAGCGGUCCUGUCAGAGCAAAGGAAAGACAGAGGAUGAAUGUCAGAACUACAUCCGGGUCCUGCUCAUCACCGGGAGGCGGAUCUUUACCUGUGGAACCAACGCCUUUACCCCCGUCUGCACCACCCGGCAGAUAGGAAACAUCAGUCGGGUGAUGGACACGGUGAACGGGGUGGCGAGAUGCCCCUACGACCCGCGUCACAACUCCACUGCCAUGGUAACAGAGAAGGGCGAACUCUACGCCGCCACUGUCAUCGACUUCUCGGGUCGUGACCCCGUCAUCUACCGUAGCCUUGGUAACAUGCCGCCGCUGCGAACAGCCCAGUACAACUCCAAAUGGCUCAACGACCCUCACUUUAUCUCAGUCUACGAGGUGGGUCUCUUCACCUAUUUCUUCCUGAGAGAGAACGCAGUUGAACACGACUGCGGUCGCACCGUGUUCUCCCGGGUCGCCCGGGUCUGUAAGAACGACGUGGGCGGUCGCUUCCUAUUGGAGGACACUUGGACUACGUUCAUGAAGGCGCGGUUGAACUGCUCGCGGUCAGGAGAGAUCCCCUUCUACUAUAACGAGCUGCAGAGCACCUUCUAUCUGCCCGAACAGGACCUCAUCUACGGUAUCUUCACCACCAACGUGAACAGCAUCUCUGCGUCGGCUGUGUGUGCUUUCAACCUCAGCGCCAUCACCCAGGCGUUCAACGGACCGUUCCGUUACCAGGAGAACCCUCGUACAAGCUGGCUCUCCACCCCCAACCCCAUCCCCAACUUCCAGUGUGAUACCCUGGAGGAGCGAGGUCCAGGGGAGAACCAGACGGAGCGCAGCCUGCAGGACGCCCAGCGUCUCUUCCUCAUGUCUGACGUGGUGCAGCCCGUCUCCACCGACCCCCUCCUGUACCAGGACAACAUCCGCUUCUCCAAGCUGGUGGUGGACAUCGUGCAGGGCCGAGACACCCUCUACCACGUCAUGUACAUCGGCACUGAAUACGGCACCAUCCUGAAGGCCCUCUCCACAACCAAUAAGAGCAUGCGGGGGUGUUACCUGGAAGAGAUGAGGCUCCUCCCCGAGGGCGAAAGCGAGCCAAUCAAGAGCCUUCAAAUCCUCCACAGCGAUAGGUCGUUGUUUGUGGGGCUUAGCGACAGGGUGCUGAAGAUCCCACUGGAAAGAUGCUCCAGCUACAAAACUGAACGGCACUGCCUGGACGCCCGAGACCCCUACUGUGGCUGGGACCGUAAGCAGAAGCGCUGCACCACCAUCGAGGACAGUUCCAACAUGAGCCAGUGGAGCCAGAAUAUCACUGAGUGCCCGGUAAGGAACCUGACCCAGGACGGUGGCUUCAGCCCCUGGGCGCCAUGGCAACCCUGUAACCAUGACGACAGGGAGGGAGCCAGCACCAGUUGCGCGUGUCGCUCACGCUCUUGUAACAGUCCAGUCCCUCAGUGUGGAGGCUCCAACUGCAAGGGCCCCACCAUCCAGGUGGCCAACUGUUCCAGGAACGGAGGCUGGACCCCCUGGUCCACCUGGGGUCAGUGCAGCACCAGCUGUGGCAUCGGGUACGAGGUGCGCCAGCGCUCCUGCAACAACCCCUCACCCCGGCAUGGGGGGCGUGUCUGUGUGGGACAAGGCCGAGACGAGAGGCUGUGCAAUGAGAAGAGCCCAUGUCCCCUGCCUGUGUUCUGGUCAUCUUGGGGCUCCUGGUCUCAGUGCAGUGCAGAGUGUGGAGGAGGGGUCCAUUCCCGGGUCAGGAGCUGUGAGAAGGGGAACACCUGCCCAGGAUGUGCUCUGGAGUACAAGACUUGUAACCUGGAGGCGUGUCCGGAGGUCCGUCGCAACACCCCCUGGACCCCCUGGAUGCCGGUGAAUGUGACCCAGGACGGGGCCCGCCAGGAGCAGAGGACCCGCUACACCUGCAGGGCCCUCCUUCCAGACCCUCAUCAGCUGCAGCUGGGCAAGAAGAAGGUGGAGACCCGCGUCUGCCCCAAUGACGGCACCGCCGCCUGUGAGACUGAAGCCCUGGUUGAAGACUUGGUCAGGGCCAGUGGAGGAGGCAGUAGUGGUCGACCUUUGCUCCGACAACCAGGUGGCACCAGGUGGUCGCCGUGGGAGACAUGGUCGACCUGCUCCCAGGAGUGUGCCAAAGGCUUCCGCACGCGCAAGCGCACCUGUGCCUCAGCCGAGGACAAGAGCAGCCCCAGUGCCUGUAGUGGAUCCCCAGUGGAGUACCAGGACUGCAACUCCCAGCCCUGCCCAGUGAAAGGAGCCUGGUCGUGCUGGGCGUCAUGGUCUCACUGCUCCGCCACCUGUGGAGGUGGGCACUACCAGCGUACCCGUACCUGUAGCAACCCUGCCCCCGCCAACGGAGGUGACAUCUGCAUCGGCCUGCACACUGAAGAGGCCCUGUGCAACACACACACCUGUGAAGGUGGCCCAAGGUGGUCAGAGUGGGGGGAGUGUGACGAGGAGGGACUGCAGCAUCGCAGCAGGGAGUGUGGGGAACGGGAGGCAGACCCCAGCCUGUGUCAGGGCAAUGCCACCGCGAGCAGGCCCUGCCAGCCCCCCGAGGUGCCAGUCGUUCUGCCUGGACAGGAUAACGAUCAGCGCUGUGGGGCAGCCUUCUCUCUGUUCCACCUGAUGGCCACGGGAGCGUUGUGUUUCUUUGCAGCGGUGGGGCUGUCGGUCCUGGUCUACGCCUACUGCCAACGACUCCACAAGCCCUCCCAGGAGUCAGCCGUCAUCCACCCCACCACGCCCAACCACCUCAGCUAUAAGGGCAACACGACGCCAAAGAACGAGAAGUACACCCCCAUGGAGUUCAAGACGCUGAACAAGAACAACCUUCUCCCGGACGAGAGCUGCAACUUCUUCCCCUCGUCCCUCUCGCCCCUCCCCUCCCUCCCCCAGAAUAACGUUUACACCACCACCUACUACCCAGCACCCCUGGGCAAAUACGACCACCCCUUCCACCCCGACUCACCUUGCAGGAACUAUAUGCACCACAGUUGAGACAGGACCCCCCCCCCCCCCUUUCCAACUCUCUUCUCUAUGGGAAGUUGGAAACACUCCUGCACCCCAGACCCUUCACCGUUUCCUCUCCUCUCCUCUAUUGAGUGUGUACUUUGCUACAGUGAGGGGGAGCUGUGUUAACGACCGGGCAGACCCUUGAACUGGGUGUGUCCUCUCAAGGUCUGAACCAUGCACGUUCUUCUCAAUCACCAGUGCGGGCGGAGGUUGAACUGUCCCUGUCAACCAACAGGACAAUAAUUUCGUAUCAUUGUGACUGUUCAGUUGAUAUGACUGUUUUAUGACGUUGUUUUUCUACUCUACUGUGCAGUACAUCAACUCAUCUCAAGACGAGGAAGUAGACUGGACCAUGUGGAAUGCUGGGAGUUGGAGUCUUAUGAGGGAGCUGGGCUGUAGCAGCCUUAUGGUUCCGUAUGGAGAUUCACUACAUGUGGAAUCUGUUCUAAAACAACACUGUUAAAAGUCUCCUGUAAAACCCUACGGUAUCCGAUCAUGUAUAUCACAAAAACCCACAGACUUCACAUUCAAUCUGAGGAGAAUAUAAGACAUUGUGGCUGGUUUGUAUUCGAUAUAGACGGCAAAAUCAACCGAUCCCAAAGGAUACCGUACCGGAAUAUGCUGACCAAGACACCUUCCAGCUCUAAAAACCGGCUUUAUGAUGGUGAAAGUGCAGAUCUCAUUGACACUGACAGUAUGGGCACGUUUGUCAUACUUCUGCUCACCAACUUGUUUCUCCUGUCUGUUUGGACACGCUGCGUCAGAUUAGCCUCAUGGUCAGGUGCUCCCGCAGUGUGGACUAACAGAGAGGGGAAGAGAGUGAGGGGCUGGUACUGCUUUCAUCUGAGCAGCCCAAGGACUCCUGUAUCACGUCCCAAAUGGCACUCUAUUCCCUAUAUAGUGCACUACUUUUGACUAGAGCCCAAUGGGCCCCGGCUGAAAGGAGUGCACUAUGUAGGGAAUAGGGAGCCAAAUGGGGCGUGACCAUGGCCUCUGAAAGGGUUUAUAAUCCUGUAACUACCUGCACCGACACCCAAAAAUGACAAUGGCGGCGAUUCAGAGUCGAUGUAAAUUUUGAGAAAAAACAUGUAUUUUGAACAACCCAGAUACUCAGCUAAGGCUCAGCGAUCCUGUCUCACCACCCUCAUCCCUUCAAAUGGAUAGCUGUCUCACCACCCUCAUCCCUUCAAAUGGUUCGCUGUCUCACCACCCUCAUCCCUUCAAAUGGAUCGCUGUCUCACCACCCUCAUCCCUUCAA